UCAUAUGUUUGCUGUGAAACUAGUAAGUCUACAUUUCUUUUGAUCAUUUAGCACCUAUGUAACAGAGGCAAAUAGAAACAGGCAGUAGCAAGCCAAACUGCACACAGUUUAUAGAGCGCAGAGUUGGACAAAAAUACGCUCCAUCUUAAUAGAAAUUAAGUCUUGUUUGGAAUAUAUUAAUAUUCAACCAGAAGUGGAAUAGUAAUGGAAUUAAUAAGAACUCCUAAAGUGGAGAGUGUUCGAAUGCUGGAUAGGUAUUCUAAAGCGUGUUCUCAGGGUACUUUAUAUUUAACUGCAACUCAUUUGAUAUUUGUUGAUCCAGAAGCUAAAAGAGAAACAUGGAUUCUCCAUAUGCAUAUGGCCAGCUUAGAAAAGCUUCCAUUGACAACUACUGGCUCACCCCUCCUUAUCAGGACAAAAACAUUCCUUUCUGUAACGUUUGUCAUACCAAAGGAGCGGGAUUGUCAUGACAUAUAUUUAUCUUUAAAUCAAUUAUCACAAUUGACUAAUUAUGAAGCAUUAUAUUGUUUUACAUAUAACUCGCCAAUUGAUGACAUACCAAAACGGAUUGGUUGGAAGUUUUUUGAUUUACAGGGUGCUUACCAAAGAAUGGGAGUGCCCAAUGAACAGUGGGCGUUGACUGACUUAAAUAUGGAGUAUGAGCUGUGUGAUACAUAUCCUAAGCAUCUUUACAUACCUGCUUCUGCAACAAAAAGUACCCUCUUGGGUAGUUCUCGGUUCAGGUCAAAGGGGAGACUGCCAGUAUUAGCAUACCUCUAUCAUAACAAAGCCAGUAUUAGUCGUUGUAGUCAGCCAUUAUCUGGUUUUAGUGCCAGGUGUAUGGAAGAUGAGAAAAUGUUAAAUAACAUUCUGAGGACUAAUCCUAAUGCUACUUUUAUGUAUGUUGUGGAUACAAGACCAAAAAUUAAUGCUAUGGCAAACAGAGCGGCCGGCAAAGGAUAUGAAAAUGAAGCAUUUUAUGAGAACAUUAAAUUUCAUUUUUUGGGGGUAGAGAAUAUACAUGUUAUGAGGAAUAGUUUGCUAAAAGUCAUAGAAAAUGGUGAGCAAAAGAAUCCAACUAUGAAUAGUUUCUUGAAUGGUAUAGAAUCAAGUGGGUGGCUGAGACAUAUUAAAUCAAUCCUAGACGCAUCUCAAUUCAUUGCUGAAGCAUUAGAAGAAGGUAUAAGUGUCAUUGUUCAUUGUUCUGAUGGUUGGGACAGAACUGCCCAAGUAUGUUCGCUAGCAUCAAUGCUGUUGGACCCAUAUUACAGGACAAUUUCCGGGUAUCAAGCUCUAAUUGAAAAGGACUGGCUGGCUUUUGGUCAUAAGUUUUCAGAACGUUGUGGCCAUAUACAGACGGAUAGUAAAGAGAUUUCUCCAGUAUUUACUCAGCUACUUGACGCAACAUGGCAGUUAAUGCAGCAAUUUCCGUGUACAUUCCAAUUCAAUGAAAAUUUUUUGCUCACUAUUCAUGAUCAUGUGCAUUCUUGUCAGUAUGGCACUUUCAUUGGUAACUGUGAAAAGGAUAGACUCGAUUUAAGGCUAUCUGAGAGGACUUACUCCUUGUGGGGUUAUAUGGCAAAUCAUUUGGAUGAAUAUAUCAAUCCCUUAUAUUCUUCUGAAGAGAGUCCGGGAAUUAUAACUCCUCAGCUUAUUCCUCAGAAUAUAAGGUUUUGGCGGGGAAUGUAUUAUAGGUUUGAAAGUGGAGUGCAUCCAAGAGAACCAACUGCUGAUUUGCUCUUGGCUACAUCUGAUCAUUCAUUUUCUUUAGAUGAUCACGUUAAAUAUUUAACCAAGAGAAUAACAUCAGUGAAAAAUUUGAUUUCAAAAACUAUGGAGAAGAGGAAAACUAAACCCAAAAAAUCCCAAUUUUGUAAUAAUGUACAGUUAGACAACAAAUUGCUGUAUGAAAAGUCUUCUCAUGAUUUGGAAUCUGCCAACCACGACCAUCCAUUGCAAGUGGAAGAAAAAGACUCUAGUAAUGCUCAAGAACUGCCCAAAAUUGAUGAGCUUUCCAAAGACUUUGAUUCAGUUGCAAUUGACUGGAAAGCUUUAAGGAACAUAAAUGAAUGUAGCUGCUCACUUUCUUUUGAUCACUUGAGCAAAAAGAAUCACUGUAGAAAGUGUGGGGAAAUCUUCUGUGUUCGGUGUAUCACAAAACAAGUGCUGUUACCUGGACACACAACAGAAAAAGCAGUACCUGUUUGCAAGCCUUGUUAUGAUCUUUUAGGAAGCUCUUUGGAAUCAUAAGU